AAGCCCAGACCAUGUUGGCUUAGGGCCCAACGGGCAGCGAUUGGCCCUCCUUGAUCAGGAGCUCCAUGGGAGCUGAAGGGUGUCGAUUACGUGAGACCGCUGUUCCUGGCGAGCGAGCGAGAGAAGAGGAGAGAAUCCGCGAGAGUGCUAUCUGGGUCUUUUAGGUUCUUGAGAAUUUGAAUCAGAUCCGAGGCGAUUUUGAUGUCGAGUGUGAGGAGGAGAGGUAUAGAAGAGUGUGUCCUGUGAGGCCGAGACGAGGGCGAGGUUAGUCUUAGGGUUUGUGUAUCCUGUUCUUGCUGCUGCUCUGCUUCUUCUUCAAAAUACCUCAUGGAGCGAAAACUUGUGGUUUUGGGUAUCCCGUGGGAGGUUGACACGGACGGAUUGAGAGAAUAUAUGAGCAAAUUCGGGGAAUUGGAGGAUUGUGUUGUGAUGAAGGAGCGGUCAACAGGCAGAUCUCGUGGUUUUGGGUAUGUAACGUUUGCAACAGAGGAAGAUGCUAAAAAUGCACUGUCAGGCGAGCACUUUCUAGGAAACAGAAUGCUAGAAGUGAAAGUAGCUACACCAAAGGAGGAGAUGAGAGCACCUCCAAGGAAAGCUACUCGGAUAUUUGUGGCUAGGAUCCCACCAUCUGUUACUGAAGCAACCUUUAGGGGCCACUUUGAGACAUAUGGUGAGAUAACGGAUUUAUUUAUGCCCAAGGAUCACGCUACAAAAGCACAUCGUGGAAUUGGCUUUAUUACUUAUGCAAGUGCAGACUCUGUGGACAACUUGAUGGAUGAUACACAUGAGCUGGGAGGUUCUGCAGUAGUUGUUGACCGAGCAACACCAAGGGAGGAUGAUUUUAGACCAAUGGGCAGAAAUGCACAGGGCGGAUAUGGUGCAUAUAAUGCUUACAUUUCUGCUGCAACUAGAUAUGCAGCCGCUGGUGCUCCUACCUUGUACGACCAUCCGGGCUCACUUUAUGGAAGAGGGGAACCUGUGCGAGGUCUGGGAAGAAAGAUUUUUGUUGGUAGGCUCCCGCAAGAGGCAACUGCCGAUGAUCUCCGCCAACAUUUUGGGAGAUUUGGCCGAAUUGCGGACAUUUAUGUUCCUAAAGACCCAAAGAGAUCUGGCCAUAGAGGCUUUGGUUUUGUAACAUUUGCUGAGGAUGGUGUAGCCGAGCGUGUGUCUCGGAGGUCUCAUGAGAUCUGUGGACAGCAGGUUGCAAUUGAUUCGGCAACACCUCUUGAUGAUGCUGGCCCCAGUGGAAGCUUUAUGAUGGGUAGUGUGGAGCCCUUUGGGGGCUUUGGAGGUCCCAUGCGCCCUUACAGCAGGAUGUAUGGAAGCUUUGAUUUCAAUGAUUCUUUGAUGCAGUGGGGCGGCUAUGGACUUGGUGGAGGGAGACCUUCAAGAGCGGAUAUGAGGUACAGACCAUAUUAGGGCUUCAGGGGGGCUUUGGCACUGUGUGGUUGGGGAUCAAAACGACAUUGGCGUGCCGUGCGUGUGGAAUGACGUGGUUUACUUGUUUGUGAGACCUUUUUAACAGAUAAGAUUGCCAUCGGGUAGAAACAGAAUGUCUAAUUAACAUCAUGGUAUUAUUGCACCGCUACAGUUUGUGCGACUUGUUUUUGAAGCGUGACAAUGACAUUACUAAAAGUAGAAGGUA